GGCACAAAAGCCAGGAUGAUGAACAAGGAUUAAGCUCGACGCAUCUGAGAUGCCAUAGACAAAUAUUCCUGCUUAAAAACCAUUAAAAAGCAGUUAUUUAGGGGCGUUUCACGGGCUAUAUGUCGUCUUUAUAAAUUAAGGGAAUGUUUGGUUUUCGCAAGAGUAUACUUUGCGCGGUACAAAUGCGACAGAACAAUUGCAUUUAACAUUGGAGCAGCAAGUGCUUUUGCUUGGACACGCGAGAUGGCCAGAGUGCGAUGCAUUCAGCACCUGUCAGGAUGGUUUGUUCUCUUCAGCUUAAUGACACGCCAGAGUCACUCCAUUGAGACAGUAAAUGUUGUGGACUUCUGUGGACAGACAAUACAGGGGGACGGCAUGGUCGUAAAGUCCCACCAGGAGUCCCGGAAGUACUACUUUGUCUCCUUGGGAACGGAUUGCCACCUGACCAUGCAGUCCGCCACCCCCCGGGACAAGGUGCAGUUCUAUUUCCGCUUCUUUCUGGUCUACAGCCUGCUAAGAGUGUCCCCGCACAGCCCUGCACCCCCCCUCCAAGAAUCACCCAGGGGGUCUUCAUCAUCCGGCCCAACGCGGCCUGACCAGAGCCUGGAGCCAACCACUGGAGAGGGGCCUGGAGACCCCUGCCACGCUGGCUCGUACAUCCAGUUCUAUGAUGGGAGGGAUAAGUCCGCGCCCCCUAUUGGCCAGCCACUCUGUGGGAAGAGCCCUCCUCGACCAGUGCUGUCAACGGGCAACUUUCUAACUCUGCGUCUUGUGACACGAGGAACUCAGCCAAGGGUGGACUUUGUUGGAGACUUCACUUCAUUCAGGCUGGGUUUUAACCAAUCAGAGUGCCGAGGUGAGCCUUACUUCAACUGUCGCAAUGGGAAGUGUAUCCCCAUGAGUCUGGUUUGUGCGGAUGAUAAAGGCAUUGACAACUGUGGCGAUGGCAGUGAUUUAAUUAAUUACCCUGGUUGCAAUGAUCCUCUAUCUACACCCAAGCCCUCACAGCAUCAUGUUACCCAACCAGCACGGACACUGAACGUUCCCACUCAGACAGUGUCCACUUUAAAGAACUGCGCCACGUCAAACGCCAUUCCUGAUCCAGAUUCUGUGACCGAUUCCCAGUCUUCUAUUUCUCUGAUGGUGCUGUAUGUGGUUCUGGGUGUGACUGCAGUGGGGGUCCUCAUGUGCUGGUGCUGUUGGGCCCCUGGCUGGUUCCUGUGGCGUGUGAGUGUGUUUCGCUUCUUGCCCUGCUGUAACUCCUGCUGCGCGUCCUGCCAGCUGUGUGGACGGAGCUGCUCCAAAAACAAGGAGCACCGACUGGCAAAGGUUACACCAGAAGGAGCCGCAACACCUGUGUCGUCCAUCACCACGGUGGCUGUGUAAAUACCCUCCUCUGAUCUCUCCUAGAUUCCUAAAAGACUCAGAAUGGAGAUGCUGAGGGCAGGAUGUUAGGAAGUGGUGUGAGAGUAGAAGUUCUCCUUUUUCAUUUUGUACAAUGAAAAAGAAGCAAGAAUUGCUGGACAGUUGAUUGUUUUUCACGUAACUUUUUUUUUUCGUUUGUUUUCAAAAAUGAAAAAAUAUAUUUCAUGUUAUAUGUAUUUUAUAGAUACUGGUUCUGGGGAAAUGACAUGAGCUGAGAUUUCUAGAUUCUAGUUGGUUUUGGAAAGUGAAAACUCCAAUAAUUCCAGCUCAGUGGGAUAAAGUGAACACUUCAGCUACAAAGGACGGAGAAAAUAAAAAGUGUUAUUAUUCAAAGUUUCCAUUAAAAUGCUCAUAAAGCUAUCAAAAAUACCAGGAACUAUUGGAUAUCAUUUACAAACUGUGUUCAUUCAAGGUUAUGCCAAAUAAGUGGUAAUACUCUGUAAGCUUUUUUCUGAAAAGUGUUUCCUUAAAAACAAAUCUUGCAUUUUCACUGACAUAAAAGCUCAGAAACCUAAAUUAUUGUUGCCACUGUUUAAGAAAAUGUGACGUGCAAAAUAACUACUGUAAUGUACAUAAUUUCUUUAGGUAGAACUAGUAAAUAUGAUUGGAGGAACUACAAAGUGGAAAUUUGUUUAUUAAUGUGAUGCAAAAAAUAUAUUUUACGAAUACUGAAAAAAGAAAAUUUGCUGAAAAUGUACUCGUCCUCAGCCAUCCAAGAUGUAGAUAAGUUUGUUUCUUCA